AUGCUGAAGUGCCUGUCUGUAUUUACGAUCGUCUUCUUGAUGAUCGUGGCCUUGAUCUGCGAAGGGAUCACGGCGGACCAGACCGAGCGACAGGACGACGAGCGGCGGGUCGAACUCCAGGCCCCCAUUCCUGAGGACCUGCUUUCCUACCAAGGGUGGUCGAUCACCCGCAAGCGAUCCGCCCCCGCCACCGAGGUCACCUUCUUCGUCGAACUGCGAACAGGGAAGGAGGGCGAAGUGGAAAAGGUUGCCGCGGCGGUGUCCGACCCCAAGUCGCCUUCCUACGGCAAAUUCCUCUCUGCCCAGGAGCUCAGGGACUUGGUGGCUGCGCCGCCAGAGGUAGAACAGGCCGUGCUGCAGUGGCUCGAUGACGAGAGCGCGGCCAACGGCCACCAGCCCAUCUCCAGCAAGUCCUACGGAGACUUGAUCAUGGUGAGCACGACGGUGCAAAACGCCGAACUGCUGUUUGACACCCACAUCGCCGAGUUCACGCACGGAGUCUCCGGGCGCUCGGUUCAGCUCAUCGUGCAACCUGCCACGGUGUCGCUGGAGAUCAGCCACAACGUGCGCGCGUUGGUCGGUUUGUCCGAUGUCUCAGUUCCGCGUCACUUCGCCUCGUACCAUCUCACCGAGGACGGCCAAGUCGAGUCCAGGACCCUUGAUCGCCGGCAAACGUCGACCAUCGGCCCUAGUAAUCUGAGGACUCGCUACAACAUCUCGUCAUCCGUCUUUGCCUCAUCGUCCGUUUCGCAGACCUUUUCGACGUACUACUCCCUGCCCAUGCCGACAGUAACGACCGUCAGAGGAACGGGCUCCAACGUGCCCUGUUCCUCCUACGCCUGCUCUGCUCAAGCGCCUACCAACAAUACGGCGGACGCGGUUGCAGGCGAGAGUGACCUCGACAUACAGUACAUCACGGGCGUGGCGCGCAAUGCCGACAACCGUUUCCAUCUGAACGACAACGCGGGCUGGUCCACGUACUACUGGGCCGUCGAGGUCACCGCGUCGACUGACCCGGCCAUGGUGUAUUCGGUUUCGUGGGGCUCCGACGAGGUGACAAGCACGGGAUUGCAGUGGGGCGACACAGCCUCCACCGAGUCGCAGCUGGCCAAGGUGGCCGCCCGCGGCAUCUCCACGCUCGUUGCGUCAGGUGACACUGGCGCUGCUGGCGGAAGUGAGGGAUGUCCCUUGGAUACUACCAGAUACUGCUACCGCGGAGGCUGUGGCCAGAUUAUCGUGGUCGAUUCGACGUACGGCAGCAGAAGCUUCCCCGGAACCCGCUCGGGUACCUGGGUGAAGGAGCUCAACAGUUACACGGCCACCAGCGCCUGGACCACCGCUGUGGGCGCCACCGAAUGGUCGGCCUCGGGAGUCGAUGUGGUGGGCUCGAAUGAGGGCCUUUCCAUCAUCACGUCGGGCGGUGGCUUUUCCUACAUUGCCACACGACCCACGUGGCAGAGCGCACAUGUGGCGGCCUACCUCGCCAAGUCGGGCCUCUCCUUCCCGCCUACCACUACCUACAACACCAACGGAAGGGGUUAUCCGGAUGUCAGCUUGCUGGGUCACUACUACCGAGUCUCCUACACCGGCCCGUCUGGAACCGACACACCUUACUGGGUGGCCAUGGAUGGCACCAGCGCUAGCGCCCCUGCCUUCGCCGGCAUGAUUACACUCAUCAAUCAGAUGCGUAAUAGCGCGCGCAACUGGGCUUCCUCAACCCGGCCCUCUACCAGAUGGCCACCGAGCGUCCGUCGGCGUUCACCGACGUCGUCUCGGGAACCAACAAGGCCACCAUGGGUUACGUGUGCCAGUACGGCUGGGCCGCCACCGCCGGCUGGGACGCCGCCACAGGCGUACGUCUCUCACAAAACACACGCGCACACACACGCACACGCACACGCACACGCACACGCACACGAAACACAACGACUGAUUUGA